CAAUGCGCAACAUUCAAGUACGCAUGAUCAUACUUUUGAUAAGAAAGAGAUGAGAAGAGAAAGAGAAUGAAAGAUUACAAAUGAAAUAAAAGAUCUUUAUAAAAAGAAAGAGGAGAAAGACGAUAGAAUCCAAAAUGGAAGAAUGUAAGGUUACGAUCAGCUAAACAGACAAUGCAUUUUUUAAUGUUAAUAAAAUAUUAAAAAUAUUAAUAAAAAAUGAAAAAAUAAAUUAGUUUUAUAAAUAACAGGAUUGAAAAUGUCUCAGACAUAUUCUCAAACUAAAAUCGAUCAGUUCUACAAUGUUGUUUAUAAUAAAAAUAACAGAUAUGGAUUACAGAAAUCAAUAAAGAGUUCACAAAACCAGCCUUGCAACAACAAUAUUCGUCGCAAGAAGCUAAAUCUUUUAGAAAACUGCUCAAAAAAGUGUAACUUUGUUGAAAGUGAAGUGCAAAUAAUUGCCAUGAAAACUCCAACAAAAAGUAGUAAUUUAAAGAGAACAUCUUCGUUACACCCAGACAGCUCUCCAAAAAAAUUUAAGCUUGAUAAUCAGGUUGAAAAUGGAAUAAUACCUUUAAAUAAAUGUCAAUUAGCAUCAUUUAAAAAGUCUAGUAUGUCUCCAGAAUCACCAAAAAAACAUAAUAGCUUCACUCCUAAAAAAAGUCCAGAAAAAAAAAGCAUGUUGAACGAUAAUAAACCAUUAUCUCCACGAAAGUUAUUUUUUGCCGAUAGAAUUGAUAUUCAAAUUUUAACACAGGCUAUAGAAAGUUUGAAUCUGUAUAGACAAAAUAGCAUUAGUUUAAAUGAAUUUGAUCUUGAAAGCAUUUAUAGAAGUAAAGAAUUUAGUUUUAUAUACAGUGAUAAUAUUACCCAGAAUACAGAAAAAUUUUUGAUCGAAGAUAUUAUUUUUGCUAAAGAGAAAUAUGCAGAUCAUUUUCUAAUGGUUGUUAUGGAUGUGUUUGCAAAUCCUGUAAAUUGUGGUUAUUUUUUAAGAAAAGAACUUGACUUGAUUUUUUCCAUGUUUACAUUGUCUCCUGAAGCCCAAAUGUUAUUUGUGAGGCUCUUAAAAAGAAAAUUAUCAUGGCACAGGUCCCGUCAUUUGAAGUAUCCUGAAAUUGCAGAUAAUUUAGAUCCUUUUUGCCAAGAACUGGCCAAAAAUGGAUUCUGUAACACUGAUUUGGAACUUAUUGAUAUAACAAUUUUACUUGAUAUGCUUCUGUUGGAUGAAGUUCGAAGUAUUUGCCAAAAAUUAAAAAUUGAUCAUCAUGGUAAUAAACCAAUAUUGAUUGAAAGACUUUCAAAAUAUGGUAGUACCUCAAAAUCUUAUUUUUUUGGUGCAAAAAGUCCUAAAUCUAUUUUAAGAUCAGCAACAUUGCAAAUUCUGCAGCCAUGUAUAUGUUUACCUCAAGAUAUUAUUGACCUAUUUAAUAGAGUACUAACAUUGCUACAUCCAGUACAAGAUCCUGCUGAAAGUUUUGCUGAUCUAUUUUUAACUUUGACCAAUGUUCACAAAGGGGAAUUAUUGUACCCAUUAGUCCCGAAAGAGCAAUUCUUUCCCAUAUUUAAAAACAGAUCUCAUUUAAUCAAUUACACUCGUAGUCGAAACGCUCUGAGAGAAGUUUUUGCAUGUAUUGAAAAGAAAGAAUGGAACAAAUUGAAAGACUUAGGACGGUUAGCUUUGGAAUAUAUAUCAAAUAAAGAUAAUAGUCACAUAACUAUGGAACUUCCUUUACAUAUAAAAAAGUUUAUGCCAGAAUAUAUAUGGCUCAAAGUUUUAUCAAAGACUAUUGAUGCAUUUAAAAAAUCUCCAGAAACUAUAUCAGAAGCUAUAAAUGGACUCAAAAUUUUAAUUAGUGAAAAGACAUUAUUGCAAAGUAGUUGUGGUCGUUGGUAUAAUGAAUUAGCACUAAUAGAAAUGCAUCAUAAAAAAGACUUAGAAACUAGUGCUGAAUUAACUUUGCAUGCAUUACGGCAAGAAACGUUGUCAGAAGUAGAUAUAUCAGGACUUAUAGAAAGAUUGAGAAAAUUGAUGAGAAGAAAGAAUGGGUUAUGUAAAGAAACAAAAACUGAAAUUCAACAAGCUCUGGAAAAUUUAGAAAGUCGUGGCUUACUUACAGUAACCAUUAAAACCAAAAACAUUAUGGCUAACAUGGCAAAUAGAGUUAACUCAAGUAGAAAAAGCACUUGGUCUAUCAAUAUAAAUGGGAAUGACAAGUUUUAUGGAAGUGUAGAGAUAUUAGCACUACAGCACUAUACUAGUGAAGAACAUUUCCAUGAAGGGUUACAUUGUGAAGGAUCUUUGCCAGUAAUUUUAUUUACUACACUUUUUUGGGAUGAAUUGUAUAACAUUUUUGUACCAGGAGCUUUUGUUUCACAUUAUCAAGAUGCUCCUUUAGAUCUUUUCACUGCCGACUUCUUUCCCAACAGAAAAAAAGCUCUUGAGAAAAAAAUAGAGUUUUUUAAACAACUUGAUCUAGAGUCAUUCAGUGAUUUAAUGAAUGAAAGAUUUUUAAGCUAUAAUAAAUACCAAUCAAUAAUGUCAACCUCUUUAUUUAAAAAUGAGAAGCAAUUCAAGGAAGUAGUUACUUGUUUAGGUAUUGAGGGAGUAAUAGGUAUAUGUGAAAAAUUAGCUUCCAAUUUUGUGCUGUGGAGAUCAGGAUUUCCAGAUCUUAUUGUAUGGAACAAAUUAAUUCAAAAAUGCAAAAUUAUUGAAGUGAAAGGGCCAGGUGAUAUUUUGUCAGAAAAGCAGAAAUUGUGGCUCCAAUACUUACAGAAAAUUGGAAUUGAUGUUGAAGUGUGCCAUGUUCAAGCUUUUGCCAGAGGUUCAAAGUGAGAUGCUGUUGAUCCAAACAGAUUUUUGUUUUUUGACUGAUAUACCUACUGCAUGCUAGAUAAUAUAACACUAACCAUAGUAUUAUAAAAAAAAUUAUAAUAAGCAUAUACAAGAACUUACUGAAAAUCUCUCGUGGCAGG